AUGUUUCACGAUGAUGUACAAACACAACCUACAAACAAUUUGAAACGGAAUAUUAAUGAGCAUCCGAUUAAUCGAAUACUUACAGCUUAUUUUAAUACUAAUAAACAAAUAAGAAAUUCUCAAUCAAAUACUCGAUCAAACAAUUAUAAAUCAGAAACAAGCCGUAUUAUUCAACGUCAGCGAGUUAUACGUUCGUUUUUAAAUAAACCUGACGAAACUGAAUCAUCUAUUCAAAAACCAACAACAUCCAAUACUAAAUUCAAAGUUUCACCAACAUCUAUUUCAUCUCCACAUUUGUUAUUUGCUGAAUUAAAUGAACAAUCAACAAAUAAUAAUAAUCAUCCACGAACAAUAAAAAAAGAACUUGAACGACAAUCACCUAUAUUAAUUCGUAAUAAUCGCUCUAAUAUAGAACGUACUUCUCCUAUUCAAAUAAAGUCAGAUGUAGCGAAUAUUUCUGGACAUCAAUUACCACUAACAAUUCCACCAAAUUUUACAUUUCGAAAUAAAGUAUCACAAGCAUUUCUAUCGGACAGAUCAUCACUUAAAAUAAAUAAUCGAAUUGCUACACCACAUACAAAACCAAUAACGUAUUCUAAAACAAUUAGUGGAAAUAUUCUUAAACAAAAUGCAUUACAUUCAAAAUCAAUUCAUCAAAAUAAUUUUUUUUCAAUGCAUAAAUGGACACCAAAAUUAACAGAACAAGAGCCUAUUCAUAAUCGAGCAUUAAAUAGUAUAUUACAAUCAAAAUCACAUUUAUCAAAAUAUUUUAUAAAACGUCAUGAUUAUGCAUUACAAUCUGAAAAAAUAAAUACUAAUACAAAAUUAAAUAAUAUUCAAGAUUUAUAUAUUUCAUCACGAUCAUUAAAUAAUCCACAUCAUGAAUUGGAAAUGAAUAAGAAAUCACGUCAAAAAAAAUUAAUUGUUGAUGAAUGGGAAGAUCCUAAAUGGAGCCAUAGUGGUAUAUCCGAUGAAGAUGAAUCGAUUAGUGCUGAUGGAAAUAGUUCAACAUCAACAUGUACGUCUCAAGUUAGUGUUCAACAAUAUGAUCAUACAUCAUCUUCAAUUGCUGCUCUAUCUGAUCAACAUGAUUUAUCCUUAUCUCCUAAUUUAUCUAUUGAUAGUUCAAAAUCUAAAGCUCAACAUUUACCAACCAAAAGAAUCAUAUCACGGCGACGUACAUAUAAUCUUGCUCUACCACCGGUUGCUGAACAUACCAAUGACGAAGAAACAGGUGAUGAAUCUCAUUAA